AUGUUUUUAGCGAUUGUGUUAAUACUAUCGCCGAUAGUGUUAACAAUAGGCCUAUUGUGGCAAAAGUGGACGUUUUGGAGACGACAGGGAAUACCGACCGACUGGUCGGCCAGAAGUGGUCAACCCUUUCACAUCGCGGACAACGAGUGCCACAGAAGACACGGGAAAAUUGUCGGUUACUACGAGGGUUUGAGACCUUGUUUAUCCAUCACUGAUCCCAAUCUCAUACGCAAAGUGUUGGUAACAGAAUUUCAAAAGUUUGCUGAACAUAGGGUGCUGGCAUCCAAAACCGAGCCAAUCAGUAACGGCCUAUUUUUCUGUCGAUACCGGCAAUGGAAACGUAUCCGAGCGCUACACUCGACCGCAUUCACCACCGGUCGCCUCAAAGCUAUGCUACCGAUAAUGUCGGACACGUUUGACCACUUGUGCGCACUAUUGGACCCGAAAGCCCAAGACAGCCAAGUGGUAGACCUGCGAGACUUAUACGACUCGUACACGUUUGACGUGAUUACUAGAGCUGUGGCCGGUGCCUACACAAACGCCCUGGAUAAUCCCGGUGAUAACGCACUGUUUACCUCGGUGAAAAGUAUAUUUCAAACUGACCAAGGUCUCACCGAUUGGCUGGUGUUUUAUGUGCCUGUUUUGCGCCGAUUUGUCGACAUUCCGUGGUUUGAUCGCCAAAAGUUGAAAAUAAUUGGCGAUACUGUGAGUCACGUGAUUAGGGAUAGGGUGGCCAGAGAUGUACAGGUGCCCGACCUGUUACAGCACUCGGUUAAUGCUAGCGUAUGGGCCGAUAGGUAUCCCAACCCUCCCGUCAACGCUAAUAAGUCAUUUAAUAAAUUGACCGAGAUAGAAGUGCUGGGUCAAACAAUGAACAUGCUGGCCGGCGGGUAUGAGACCACUGCGUCCCAGUUGUGUUACAUAACCCGAAUACUGGCCCUCAAACCCUUGUAUCAAACAAAACUGGUUCACGAGAUUCAUAACACACUGUAUACUCCGGACACCAAUAAGUUAUCUAUGGAUUACGAAAAGUUGCAAAAAAUGCCAUUUUUGGACGCAUUUAUCAAAGAAGUGAUGCGAGUUAACUGUUCUGUGAACCGGUUAGUAGUGUCGCCACAUGUCACAAUCGACAGAAUCGCUGUAAACGACACGUAUUUAGAGGGCAUUUAUUUACCAAAAGAUACGCCUAUUAUAAUGCCUAUAUGGGCGCUGCAUUUAGACCCUGAUCACUUUCCCGAGCCCAUGGAGUUUAGACCGGAGCGCUUUUUACCGGAAAAUCUAGAUAAUAUCAAACCGUAUACAUACCUACCCUUCGCCACCGGCCCUCGCAAUUGCAUUGGUAGUCGUUUUGCUGUAUUAGAGCUCAAGUAUACGUUAGUUAAGCUGUUGUGUAGAUAUGAGUUUGUGGUUUGCGAUGAGACCAAGGAGACGGAAUAUUUUAAUCCGCUAAUCCAAUUGGCCAGCGUUAAACGUAUGAUGGUUAGAAUUAUGCACCGGAGAUAGAUUAUUAAAUAAUUAAAAGAUUUCU